AUGAAAAGUCAGUGGCCAGUCAAGUCAAGAUUACAGUCAUCCUGGGAUGUGCUGCACAAAUUGAUCACUGGUAUCAUUAACCGAGUCAAUGUUGCUGACAUCAAGCAGGUCAUUCCUGAACCAUUCUCAGAAAACCUCAUACAAGCACAGGCAUCCAGCUUACCCUUUACACCUGUUUUUGCCACUCUGGUGGCCAUUAUCAACACAAAACUUCCUCAAGUGGGAGAGCUCAUCUUAACCUGGCUCAUAAGCCAGUUUCGACAUGCAUUCAAGCAUAACAACAAAACCAUUGGUCAUUCUUCAACAACUUUCAUUGCUCACCUCAUCAAUCAAGCUGUUGCACAUGAGAUUAUUGCACUUGAAACCCUCAUCUUCCUCCUUGAGCACCAAAUGGAUGACUCAAUUGAGAUUGCAGUUGGAUUCAUGUGUGAGGUCAGCACAUUUCUGGUGGAAAACUCUCCAAAAGCAAAUGUGCUCGUUUUUGACCAUUUCCAUGAUGUUCUCAAUGAGGGGACCAUCAGUCAUCACAUACAAUAUAUGAUAGAGGUGCUUAUGCAGGUCCAGAAAGACAAGUAUAAGGACAACCCAAUCAUACCAGACGGGUUGGACCUCGUAAAGGAAGAGGAGCAAAUUACGCACCACAUAUGCCUUGAAGAGGAGUUGCAGGCACAAGAAGGGCUCAAUAUUCUCAAGUUCAUCCCCAAUUAUGCAGAGAAUGAGGAAAAGUACAAAGCAAUAACAGCUGAGAUUCUUGGAGAGGGCUCUGAUGAUGAAUCUGGUCCAGAGGAGUCAAGUGAGGAAGAAGAGCAAGCCAAAGAACAAGAAGGUAUAUUGGAUCAGAUGGGGAUGAACUCAAUCGAGCUCAUCAACAUGAUUAUUGAGUGUUGCUUGCAAGAGUGCUCUUACUCCACCUUCUACAGCCUUCUUAAUUGUGUCUGGAUGGAGUGCAUUGAACAAGCAUUCAACAACUACUACCAUACUGUUCACCAAUACAAGACAUCCCAACAAUGUUCCUGA